UCUCCCUCCCUCCCUGCAGACCGAGGCUUUGGCAGCCAGAAUCCCCACUUAAGAGCAGCCCCAAGUUCUGGUCCCAGCCAGGGGCAGGCUGCUGGCGCUUGGUCCCCAGGUGCCUGCUUGCGGGGAGCAGCUGCGCCAACUGGAGUCCUGGUGGAGUCAAUGAAGUGCAGCCGGAGGAGGAUCCUGCGCCCGGAGGAGCAGAAGGAGCUCCAGGGCGUAGUCUAUCGCGGUGUGAAGGUCAACAUGGACAGCUCCAAGGAAUCCUUUAAGGUGGGUUUUGAAGGAGAUACAUACAGACUAGAAGAUUUUAUCAAGAACCGAAGAAAACUAAGCAAAUACGAGGAUGAAAAUAUCUCCCCGUUGCAUCAUGCAGCAGCAGAAGGUCAAGUUGAACUGAUGAAGAUGAUCAUCCAUAGUUCCUCUUGUGAAGUGCUGAAUAUAAUGGAUAAUUAUGGAAAUACCCCUCUGCACUGGGCUGUAGAGAAAAACCAGGUGGAAAGUGUGAAGUUUCUUCUCAGCCAAGGAGCAAACCCAAACCUCCGAAAUAGCAACAUGAUGGCACCCCUUCACAUAGCUGUGCAGGGCACGUACAACGAGAUGACCAAAGUCUUGGUUGAGCAUAAUGACACGAAUAUUAAUUUAGAAGGAGAGAAUGGAAACACGGCUGUUAUGUCUGCAUCUGCCAAAGAUAACAGCGAAGCAUUGCAAACUUUGUUAGAUAAAGGAGCUAAGAUAUGUAAAUCAAAUAAAUGGGGAGAUUACCCUGUUCACCAGGCUGCCUUUUCAGGUGCCAAAAGAUGUAUGGAAUUAAUAUUGAAAUACGGUGAAAAGCAUGGCUACAGAAGAGAGUUGCAUAUUAACUUUGUAAAUCAUAAGAAAGUCAGCCCACUGCACCUGGCAGUCCAAAGUGGUGACCUGGAAAUGAUUAAAAUGUGCCUGGACAAUGGUGCACACAUUGACAUGAUAGAGAAUGGCAAAUGCAUGGCCCUUCAUUUUGCUGCAACCCAGGGAGCUACUGACAUUGUUAAACUCAUGAUUUCAUCCUAUACUGGAAGCACUGACAUUGUGAAUGCUGUCGAUGGCAAUCAGGAAACCCUGCUUCAUAGAGCAUCUCUAUUUGAUCAUCAUGACUUGGCAGACUACUUAAUUUCAGUGGGAGCAGAUAUCAACAGCACUGAUUCUGAAGGCCGCUCUCCACUUAUAUUAGCAACUGCUUCUGCAUCUUGGAAUACUGUAAAUUUGCUGCUCUCUAAAGGUGCCAAAGUAGACAUAAAAGAUCAUCUGGGGCGUAAUUUUUUACAUUUGACUGUACAGCAACCUUAUGGACUAAAAAAUUUGCAACCUGAAUUUAUGCAGAUGCAGCAUAUUAAGGAACUGGUAAUGGAUGAAGACAAUGAUGGGUGCACACCUCUCCACUAUGCAUGCAAACAGGGUGUCCCUGUUUCUGUAAAUAACCUCCUUGGGUUCAAUGUGUCAAUUCAUUCCAAAAGCAAAGAUAAGAAAUCGCCUCUGCAUUUUGCAGCCUGUUAUGGGCGCAUCAACACUUGUCAGAGGCUCCUACAAGACAUAAGUGACACGAGGCUUUUGAAUGAAGGGGAUCUCCAUGGAAUGACUCCUCUUCACCUGGCAGCAAAAAAUGGACAUGAUAAAGUUGUUCAACUUCUUCUGAAGAAAGGGGCAUUAUUUCUCAGUGACCACAAUGGCUGGACUGCUUUGCAUCAUGCAUCCAUGGGUGGAUACACUCUGACCAUGAAGGUCAUUCUUAACACUAACUUGAAGUGCACAGAUCGGCUAGAUGAAGAAGGGAAUACAGCACUCCACUUUGCGGCCCGGGAAGGCCAUGCCAAGGCUGUGGCACUACUUCUGAACUACAACGCUGAAAUCCUCCUGAACAAGCAGCAGGCCUCCUUUCUACAUAUUGCACUGCACAAUAAGAGGAAGGAGGUGGUUCUCACGACUAUCAGGAGCAAAAGAUGGGAUGAAUGCCUUCAGGUUUUUACUCAUUUAUCGCCAAGCAAUAGAUGCCCAAUCAUGGAAAUGAUAGAAUACCUUCCUGAGUGCAUGAAAGUUCUUUUAGAUUUCUGCAUGAUACCUUCCACAGAGGACAAGUCCUGUCAAGACUACCACAUUGAGUAUAAUUUCAAAUAUCUUCAGUGCCCGUUAACAUUAACCAAAAAAUUAACACCUACCCAGGAUGUGACGUAUGAGCCUCUUACAAUGCUCAAUGUCAUGGUACAACACAACCGCGUAGAGCUUCUCAACCACCCUGUGUGUAAAGAAUACUUACUUAUGAAAUGGUGUGCCUAUGGAUUCAGAGCCCAUAUGAUGAACCUAGGAUCUUACUGUCUUGGUCUCAUUCCAAUGACACUUCUUGUGGUUAAUAUAAAGCCAGGGAUGGCUUUCAACUCAACAGGAAUAAUCAGUGAAACUAGUGAUCAACUGGAGGAUUCAUUUCCAAUCAAAAUAUGCAUGAUUUUAGUUUUUUUAUCGAGUAUAUUUGGAUAUUGCAAAGAAGUGGUCCAAAUUUUCCAACAGAAAAGGAAUUAUUUCCUGGAUUACAACAAUGCCCUGGAAUGGAUCAUCUACACAACGAGUAUCGUCUUUGUGCUGCCCUUGUUUCUCAAUAUCCCAGCUCAUGUACAGUGGCAAUGUGGAGCCAUAUCAAUAUUCUUCUACUGGAUGAACUUCCUACUGUAUCUUCAACGGUUUGAGAAUUGCGGAAUUUUCAUUGUUAUGUUGGAGGUGAUAUUUAAAACGCUGUUGAGAUCGACGGGGGUGUUCAUCUUCCUUCUUUUGGCUUUUGGACUCAGCUUUUAUGUGCUCCUGAAUUUACAAGAUGCCUUCAGCUCUCCAUUGCUUUCCUUAAUCCAGACCUUCAGUAUGAUGCUAGGAGACAUCAAUUAUCGAGAUUCCUUCCUAGAACCGUUCUUAAGAAAAAAAUUGGCAUAUCCAAUUCUUUCUUUUGGACAACUUAUUGCCUUCACCAUGUUUGUCCCAAUUGUUCUCAUGAAUUUACUUAUUGGUUUGGCAGUUGGUGACAUUGCUGAGGUUCAGAAACAUGCAUCGUUAAAAAGGAUUGCUAUGCAGGUGGAACUUCAUACCAACUUGGAGAAAAAGCUGCCAUUCUGGUACUUACGCAAAGUAGACCAGAAGUCUACCAUAGUGUAUCCCAACAGACCCAGACAUGGAAGGAUGUUACGAUUUUUUCAUUACUUUCUUUGUACCCAAGAAGCAAGACAAGAAAUACCAAAUACUGAUACAUGUUUGGAAAUGGAAAUAUUGAAACAGAAAUACCGGCUGAAGGACCUCACUUCGCUCUUGGAAAAGCAGCAUGAGCUGAUCAAACUCAUCAUUCAGAAGAUGGAGAUCAUCUCAGAGACAGAAGAUGAAGAUAACCACUGUUCUUUCCAAGACAAGUUCAAAAAAGAGCGGCUAGAACAAAUGCAUAGCAAAUGGAAUUUUGUGUUGAACGCAGUUAAGACAAAAACACAGUAUCCCAAUUACUAGUUAUCCAGAUCUUGAAUGGGGCUUCUUGUGGGGGUGGGGCACUGUUUGAUUUACUGCACUGAAUUUCAAUUUGGAAAGAGCAAAGAAACAGAAAUUUGAUUGAUGUUGCUGCAUAGAAAAAUAUGGUUCCUAUGAAUUAUCUCUCUAUAGAUAUAUAUGCUCAUAUUUUCUGCCAAUCACUGUGUAUUAAGAAUAUGCUUACUGAUGUAGUGAAAUUGAACUUUAAUAAAUGAUAAUCUCAUUUGAAUGGAUAGAAACCAAAUUUGCUAGAACAUACAGUAUGAAAGACAAGAAGUAUUAAAUAUAACUAUUAAGACAAAACACAAAUGUCAAUAUUAGAUUCCUGCUUGAUAAUUAUAUGACAUGAGAUGCCUUAGAUAAUUGUACCAACUGCUAUCACAUGAAAAGGUUUCCUGUGUUUGAAAACCCUGGGGUAGGACCCUGUGAUCUCUGUUCCUACUAUAAUUAAAUAACAGUCCCACCCUUUCUUGCUUGUCUCAUCAUAUCUGAUGUCACUUUGAGCUAUAUAGCUGAAGCCCUAAUUAGUAGACCUAUGAUAAGAGUGAAUGUUGUGGCAGAUCAUAUCUGUUUCCUCCCUGUUUGUGCUUGACAAUCAUGGUAGUUUAAAUGAGAAAUACCCUCUUUACAUAAGCUCAUUCAUUGGAACACUUAGCUCCCAGCUUGUGGCACUGUUUGGGGAGGUGAGGUGAUAGAACCUUUAAAAAGUGCAGCCCUGGAAGAAAUAUGUCACUAGGGGUAGGCUUUGAGGGGUUACAGCCCCACCCUGCUUCCUGCUUGCUUUCCCUGCUUUCUCUGUGUGAAUGGAAAUGUGAUCAUCCAGCUCCCUGGUCUGUAGUCUGCUCCUAUGCCCUCCCUGCCAUUAUGGACUCUCCCUCUGUAACUGGAAGCCAAAAUA